AAGUAAAUUUGUGCUACGGGAUGACACAAUAAAUUUUCCUCUAAUUAAUUAACGUAGGCAGCCAAGGAUGUCUACAUCAGCGGUCGUCUUUCCACUAUAAAUUGGAGGACGAUAUUUGCUGCCUCUUGCACAUCAUCACUUCUAAAUAUUCAACAUUACUUAAUUAAUCAGUAAGAAGCAAGCAAGCAAUCAUAUGGGAGGCAACGGCAGGCGGAGGAAACCUUCUUGCUUCUCUAUCUUCAACAUCUUCAAGGCCUGUUGUUCACAUGGCAGCGAUGAUAUUAGCGAAGAUGGUUUCUAUGUUAGAAGAAUAUGUCCCAGUGACGAAGAUGGCAGACGUUGGAUUGCAGAUCCAGGGAUCGACGGUAGAGCUUCAGCAUUCAUUGCCAGGUUCUAUGAGACUCGUGUUUCGGACCCAGAGCGCCAGACUCUUGCUCUCUGAUCAUGCAUGCACUCUUUAUCUUCCAUUCAUUUUUGUUAUAUCUUCUCAUCUCUCUCCUAGUUGAUUUCUCUGUAUUAAGUUGUUGUAGUCUGACGGAUCAUUUCUUUCAAAAAAGUUGAAAUUUCCCCGUUCUCCACUUUGUAACUUGCAAUAAUUAAGAUAGCAAUGUGAACACUUUAGUUUAUUGUUAAA